AUGUGUUUCUCGGAGCAUGAGUUGUUGAGUGCCCUUAAGGGGUGCUCCAAUUCCUCUGCACCAGGACUGGACCAUGUUACAUGGGUCCAUCUAAAGGAAUUGCUCAAAGACAAACACAUUCUUGUGCUCUUCAUUGUGCUGGCCAACACUUGUCUUUGGGUGGGCCAUUGGCUGCACAUAUUCAAGGAGUCGCUUUCGGUUAUCAUCCCAAAGCCGAACAAGCCCUCCUAUGCUGUGCCAAAGGCUUUCAGGCCUAUUGUACUCCUCAUCACUUUUGAUAAACUCAUUGAAAAGAUGAUUGCGAACAGGAUACAGUUUGAUGCUGUCAGGCAUGAUAUCCUUCAUCACCAACUUGGCAGCAUUUGCCAGAGGUCAACUGAGGAUGCUGGAUUGAUUCUUACCCACCUCAUUUCUUCCCUUCUAUCAACCAUGAAAUGGCUCUUUAUUGCUCUGGUAAUGAAGCUCUUUUAUAUCAAAGCUGCACCACUCAAUAUGACACUUCUCUCCUUUGUGGAUGAUGGGACCAUUUUGGCCCAGUCCAAACACCUCAAUGAUAAUAAUGUGGGCCUGUGUAAGGCCUAUAAGAUUAUCUACCUACUAUUUAUUGCAUUUGCACUCAUUCUUGAACACGACAAGACUGAGUUGUUUCACUUCUUGCAUUGUCACAACGCCUACAACCCUGCACUGGAUCUGGGGUACGCCCCACACACUGGUGCUACACCUUUAAAGGCCAAGACCUAUUGGAGGUACUUGGGCUUCUACUUCGACCGCAGGCUCAUGUUCCAUGAGCAUGUCUGCUACUAUGCUACUAAGGCAUUCACCACUGUACAAGCCAUGUUAGUGUUGCCGCAGUUCAGCCUGGUUCCAGUUAAACCGCAAGCUGAACCGCAAAUUAACUGGGAUUAG